AUGUUAGAGUUACGUAUGGCGGCGGAAGAUACAUGUCCCGUGCCAGGCGCCGCGUCCAACGGCGCAGCAUCCGCGCCCCCAUCAGCAUGUCCAGACACUUUAGGGGAGCCAGCUGGCGCUCGUGCGCCGUAUGAUUGCGGCGUACGCCUAAGCGCGCCGAGCAGCUUGGCGGCGCAGCAGGGCGGGCGCGAGGCGGGGGGAAACGAGGAGGCGGUGACGGCGGGGUCGGUGCACCGUGCCAUCGUGCGACACGCGCACUGCUCGCUCGCGUGCGGCGAUCGCGACAACCUGUCGCCGGGCGACGUUUACCGCGCGGCUGCGAUGAGCGUGCGAGACCACCUGAUCGCGCGGAUGGAUGCGACGGAACGCGCUUACGACGACGCGGGGUGCAAGCGGGUGUACUAUCUAUCAAUGGAGUACCUUAUAGGGCGGAUGCUGCAGCUGGCAGUCACAUGCCUCGGCCUCGAUGAGCAGUACAGCGCAGCGCUGCAGCAGCUGGGGGUGAGCAUGGAGGAGGCGGCAGAGGAGGAGCGCGACCCGGCGCUGGGCAAUGGCGGGCUGGGCCGCCUUGCUGCAUGCUUCCUCGACUCCCUCACCACUCUGAACCUCCCCGCCUGGGGCUACGGGGUGCGGUACCGCUACGGCAUGUUUGAGCAGCGGGUGGCGGCGCUGAGGCAGCAGGAGGCGCCGGACGCGUGGCUGCACCCGUGGGGGUGCCCCUGGGAGAUCCCGCGCCCCCACGUGCGCCACCCCGUGCGCUUCUUUGGCCACGUGGCAGUGCGUGUGGAGGGCACGCGCACGCGGUACCGGUGGGAGGGCGGCGAGCAGGUGGAGGCGGUGGCGAGUGACAUCCCCGUGCCGGGCUUUAAGACCGCCACCGUCAACCGCCUCCGCCUCUGGCGCUGCGAGCCGCUUUCGGGCGGCUUUGACUUGUCCUUAUUCAACGCGGGGCGGCACGUGGAGGCGGUGGGCGGGGCGGCGAGGGCGGCGGCGAUCAGUGCGGUGCUGUACCCCGAGGACAGCAGCGAGGCGGGCAGGCAGCUGCGCCUGCAGCAGGAGUACUUCUUUGUCUCCGCCACGCUGCAGGACAUAAUAGCGCGGCACGUGGCGGCUGGCCGCCCGCUGUCAUCCCUGCCGGAGGCAGCAGCGGUUCAGCUGAACGACACGCACCCAGCUUUAGCGGUGCCAGAGGCCAUGCGGUUGCUGCUGGACGAGCACGGGCUGGAGUGGGGCGACGCCUGGCGGGCCACGGUGGCGCUGCUGGCCUUCACCAACCACACCGUGCUGCCUGAGGCGCUGGAGCGCUGGCCGGUGCCGCUGCUGCAGACCGUGCUGCCGCGCGUCAUGGAUCUUAUAUUUGAGAUCAACCACCGCCACCUGCAGGAGGUGGAGGCGAGGUGCAUGGGGGAGGGGCAACGCAUGGCACGGCUGUCCAUCAUAGAGGAGAGUCACCCCAAGAUGGUGCGCAUGGCCGUGCUGGCAGCCGUUGGAUCGCACGCCAUCAACGGCGUAGCGGAGCUGCACUCCACGCUGCUGCGCACGCAGCUGUUUCCAGACUUUGUCGACCUCUUCCCCACGCGCUUCCACAACAAGACAAACGGCGUCACCCCGCGCCGCUGGCUGCUGCUCGCCAAUCCGCGGCUCUCACAGGUGAUCACCAAGUGGCUGGGCUCGGACGAGUGGGUGCGGGACCUCUCCCUCAUCCAGGGGCUGCGGGCAUACGCUAACUCGCCCGCGCUGCAUGCUGACUGGACCGCUGCCAAGGUGGCCAACAAGGAGCGACUCGCGGUGUACAUCCGCAAGACGUGUGGCGUGCAGGUGGAGAGUGCUGCGCUGUUUGACUGCCAUGCGAAGCGCAUCCACGAGUACAAGCGGCAGCUGCUCAACAUCCUGGCGGUCAUCCACCGCUACAACAGCAUCAAGUGCAGCAGCUUUGAGGAGAGGGCGCGCAUGGUGCCACGGGUGGUGGUCAUUGCUGGCAAGGCGGCUCCGGGGUACUUCCGGGCCAAAUGCGUCAUCCACCUCAUCAACGCGGUGGCGGCGAGGGUGAACAGCGACUCGGACAUCAGCGGGCUGCUCAAAGUCGUCUUCCUGCCCAACUACAGCGUCUCCCUCGCCCAGCUGAUAGUGCCAGCGAGUGACAUAUCGCAGCACAUAUCGACAGCGGGCAUGGAGGCCUCAGGAACGAGCAACAUGAAGUUUGCGCUCAACGGGGGGCUGCUGCUCGGCACCAUGGACGGCGCCACCAUUGAGAUCGCCAACGCCAUUGGCCGCGAGAACGUGUUUGUGUUUGGUGCGCUGGCUCACGAGACGCACUCGCUGCGCCACUCGCUGCGCUUCCGCCAACCCAUCCACGACGACCGCCUCGUUCAGGUGGUGCGCACAAUUGAGGCAGGGGUGUUUGGGCCGGCAGACGACUUUCGGCCGCUGCUGGAGUCGCUGGGCGGCGGCAAUGAUUACUUCCUGCUCUCCCACGACUGGCCCUCCUACCUCGACGCCCAGCACUCAGUGGACACGCUCUUCCUCAACCCCACUGAGUGGUGCCGCCGCUCCAUUAUAGCAGCAUCGAUGAUGGGCCGAUUCAGCAGUGACCGCACCAUUGCCGAAUACGCACGUGACAUCUGGCACCUCCAGCCGCCGCCCUUCGCGCGGCGAGCAGGCAGCGCCGACGCCGGCUCGAUAGCGUCCGACGCGGGCAGCGCGUACGCUGAGAGCUCCGCGUCGGGCGACGACGACGGGAGUGCGGGGUGGAGCAUGGCGGGCGAGGAGGGCAAGUCGAACGACGCGUUCCACGUCAUCCACAAGGUCCCCGUCGGCGACUCGCCUUAUGUCCGCGCGAAACACGUCCAGCUGGUGGACAAGGACCCGGUGCGCGCGAUCGCGCUGUUCUGGUCGGCGAUCAACGCGGGCGACCGCGUGGACAGCGCGCUCAAGGACAUGGCGAUCGUGAUGAAGCAGCAGAACCGCCCGGAGGAGGCCAUCGAGGCCAUCCGCUCGCUGCGCCACAAGUGCUCCGAGGUGGCGCAGGAGUCACUCGACAACGUGCUGCUGGACCUCUUCAAGCGCUGCGGGCGCCUCGACGACCAGGUGGCGCUGCUCAAGCACAAGCUCGACAUGAUCCGCCAGGGCGUGGCAUUCAACGGCAAGCGCACCAAGACGGCGCGGUCCCAGGGGAAGAAGUUCCAGGUGUCGAUCGAGCAGGAGGCGACGCGGCUGUUGGGGAAUCUGGGGUGGGCGUACAUGCAGCAGGGAAAUUAUGUGGCGGCGGAGUCGGUGUAUCGGAAGGCGCUGCGCGUGGAGGCGGACAGCAACAAGGUGUGCAACCUCGGCAUCUGCCUCAUGAAGCAGGCCCGCAUCGUCGAGGCGCGCGCGUUGCUCGAGUCCGUGUCGCCCAACAGCGACCCGCGUUGGGGAUCCGAGUCGCACAUUAAGGUGAGCCUAAGAUGCCUCUUGGUCUCUCGCAUUGCUUAUCAAAUUCGUUUCUCGCCCUCCACCCGUCCACCCGUCUUGCAUUCUGUCUCAACGCUCGUUUCGAACCUUGCUUCGUCUCUUUCUCGUCACGUGCCGCCAUGGCAGUCGUACGAGCGCGCGCAGAGCAUGCUCGUGGAGCUCGAGACGUCAGCGGCGGCGGCCGAAUCGGCCAAGGACGGCGCAGCUGCCAGCGCGGGCACCAGCGGCGGGGAGGACGCUAGCGCCAGUGACACGGGCGGUAAAUCCGCCGCCUCCGCCUCCGCGCCGUCCGCAGCACCCAGCGGCGAUGGGGUCUCGUCCGACAAGCUCCCGCAAGUUAAGCCCGCGUUUCGCGGCAUGGGUGGCAUGGGCAUGGGCAUGGGCUUGGCGCGCAGCUCGUUCCAGCGGCACUCGUCGUACCUGUGCGAGUUCCUGGGCGCGCCCGACAUGUGGGACUCGCUCAUGGCUGACAGCAGCGCCGCCGGGGGGAACGCAACUGCGGAAGGAGCGCCGGCAUCUCCACAAGGCGCCGCAGGCGGUUCUUCGGGCAUCGCGGGCAUGCAGUCGCGGGGACCGCCGGAUGCGCCGCCGCCGCAGAAGCAGCAACAGCGGCCGCUGCAGGCGCAACUGCAGUGCAUGCGGAGGCCGCCAGCGACCGGCGCUAUGGCGCGGACAAUGAGCAUGGGCGCGGGGUGCGGCAACCCGCUCGCGCGCUCCAUGAGCUUCGGCGGAGCGGAUGCGCGCGGGGGGCUGUCGUGUCUCAAGCCCAACGCGCCCGAGUUCAUGCCCGGGUCGUUCGGCCCCAUUCCUCCCCCCGGCCACGGCUCCGCUCCGCCGUUCAUGCACGGUGCUCCGCCCCCGCCUCCCCCUGGCGACGGCCGGCGCACGCUCACCGCCUCCCGCUCGCUCCCCCCGUUGCAAAUUCCCACGGCGGGAUUCGCGCAUGCGGCGGCGUCGCCGUCGUUGGUGUCGCCGCUGGGUCCCAUGUCAAGCGGCUCGCUCUCGUGCUCCUCGAGCUUUGGCGCCGCGUCGUGGGAUGACGGACUUAUGAUCUCAGCGUUCGAGAGUGACGACGACGUGCUCUGCGAAAUGCCCACCGACAGUUACCAGCCGUCUGCUGCGGCUAUCUCCGUUGCUGCGGGGGUCUGGGCAUCGCAGAAGCCGCCCGCUUCGGCGCACCUCGCUGCCGCAAUGCGCAAGGGUGGCGGAUUCCCCGCACCCGGGCAGCGCGCGUUAUACAGGGGCACAGAGAACGUUCCGCAGUACAUGGCGGGGGGUGCGCCCAUCGGCGCGGGCGGGCCUGGCGCGCGGAGGCCGCUGGUGUUCGGGUGCGAGAACCCUGCGCCAAUGGCGGCGAAGGCGCAGAUGGUGGCGGGUGGGCUGAUGGGCGGGGGCAACAUGGGCAUGCAGAUGGGCGCGGAGAUGGGCGGAGGGAUGGGCAUGACGACGGUCAUGGGCGAGCGCACGAACCUCGAGCCCCCCGCGCAGUUCAUGGGCGCAUGGGGGGCUGUGGCGCAGGGGAAGGGCGCAUGGGGACCUGCAUGGGGAGUGCCUGGAGAGGGGGGAAGCAUGGGUGAGGGGGAGAAAGCCAAGGAUCAGCAGCAGGUGCAGCAGCAGUCUGUGGCGGGGCAAGAGGUGGGGGGAUCGGGAAUGAAGAGAAACAGAGUGCCGACCCCAGUGAAGGCUGCUGCUCCCAAGGGAGAGAGAGGGAGCGACGCGGAGGGAGGAGACGCGAGUGGAGCGCAGGAGGGCGGGCCGGUGGUGCCGAGGGCGCUGUGGGAGAUGCUGGGGUUCACAGGCAGCCCUGACAAGCUGCUGCUGGAGGAACUCAAGGCCACCGACAGUGCCAAGAAGCUGCUCGCCUCCGCUGGGUCUGCUGACAGGCAGCAGGGCAGCGAGCGACGCACGCUCCCUGGCGACAAGGUGCUUCGGUUCUUCAAGACAUUCCUCGGCGUAUUGGUCGCAGAGGGAAGCGAGGGCGAACGGGAGAUGAUGGAGGAGCUGCUGUGCCUUUUCUCGCAGUACAGCGAGGCGCGCAGCAAGGCCGUGCGGGUCAACGUCACCAGAGUGCUCUCGGAGGUGCUGAAUUCGUUGCCCGGCAGCUUCAGUCUGUCAGCCGACGCCAUCGUGAUCAUCCGCGAGUUCUUGCAUUGCCGAAUGGACGACAAAAUCGCCGUCAUCCGCGCGUGGGCCGCCAGGGCGCUCAAGCGCAUGGUGACAUUCGAGGAAGAUGGCGGGGUGGACGUGGACACGACCAUCGGGUUAUUCCGCGAGAAGAUGAAGACCGAGUCGAGCUCCAUGGCUAUUAGCGUGGUGCCUGAAUGGAAAUACAUUUGGUUGCGCGUGGUGCAGGAGGUGCGCGAGGCGAUGGUGUGGUCGCUGCCGGAGUCCACGAGCACCAUUCCCGACAUUCUCGAGCGCACGGCGGACGUCAGCGAGCGGGUCAGAGCCGCGGCGUACAAGUCCUUCGCCGAGAGAUUCUUUCCCAUCGAAAGCUUCAGCAUCCGGCAGCGAGUGCAGCUGCUGUCGCAGGGUCUGGGCGACCGGUCGCCGACGGUGCGGUCGGCGUGUGUGGAGCUACUGUGUCGCGCGUGGCUGUCGCGCGACUGCGAGGGCGACCUGGUGCGACUGCUGCGACACGUGGACGUGGAGAGCCACGAGGCGGUGGCGGAAUCGGCGGUGCGGGAGGUCCUGCAGGCGCACAGCGCGGGGUGCGGCGACAUGGAGCUGGUCGUGCCUGAAGGGGGGCUGCGUGCCGCUGUCAAGCAGAUGUCCACUCCUGCAGAAGGCAAGUUCUUGGAGGAAAUGUUAGGAGCCGAGCCACAUACAUCGAACCAGGCUAGGGAGGUCGGAGGAGGCAGCAGCAGCAGGGCUGCUUACGGCGGAGGAGGCGCUCUUUUGGCGCAUGCUGUGCCUACACCUCUCCGCGCAGGCCAAUGUCAGUUCGCUCCUGCUCUUGCUUCUCACGUGCUUGCAUUUUUCCCACUUGCUGAAUUCGCGCUUGCUGUCGUUUGCCUUGAAGACGACGUGGGUCUGACGUUGCGUGUCCUCGUAUUGCUGCAGGAGAACGGAUCAAAUGCCGCAAUAUCCGCUGGCGCAGCAGCGGUGGUGGCAGCAGAAGCAGCGAGCGACCUGAACGCGCAGCUGGAGGCCCUGCUGCCAGCCACGGCUCAGGACUACCUGACGCUGCUGGAGACGCACAUGCAAGCAGGGUCCGAGGGUCGGUUCGCAGCGCGGCAGCUGAUGCAGCUGGCGGCGGUACUCGACUUCACCGACGCCACCAUCCGCGCGCACGCCGCCGCGCUCGUGCACCGCCACCUCGUCGGCGCGCAGCCGGCGCGCGAGGAGGCGGGGGAGGAGAGCGCCGAGGCGGAGGACGAGUGGGAGGAGGGCGUGGCAGACGGCAGGUGGGGCGAGGCUCUGCUGGGGCUGGCGCAGCGCGUGCACGCCUCGGAUGCUGACGUGCUCGCUGCUCUCGUCGACGCUCUGGCUGACGUCAGCAAGCCGAUGAUGGCGGGCGUGGCGGGUGUGGAUGGUGUGAGCGAGGGGCAGUGGCUGCGGUGCGUGGCGGCGACACGCAUGGUGCUGCGGCUGUGCUGCAAGUCGGCAGGCGGCGGAGCGUUCAGGGCGUGGAGGAACCUGCGCGUUGAGCCGCAGGAGGCGCUCAACUGCAUCCUCGUCCCCGCGGUACGCGCGCGCGCUGCCCCACGACGGUGUGCACGCAUUCGCUGCACUGCGCCCGUGACUGUUCUCAUUCUCCGUGACCCGUGUGCUCAAACAUUAUUCCCGCUUCCUCCCUCCCCCCUCCUGUGCUGGCAGGCGUCGCACCCGUCACCACUGGUGCGCGCUGAGGCCGUCGGCGCGCUGCACGCCUUCGCCAUGCUGCACGCGCCGUCCGCUCGCGCUCACCUGCCUCUGCUGCACGCCGCCGCGCGCGACUCCGCGCACCCCGGCGUGCAGAUGGCGGCCGUGCGCGCCCUCGCGGACCUGCUGCUCUGGCACCGCCCCGCCGCGCUGCUGCCCGACAUCGUUGCGCCCGCCCUUAGCGACGAGGGCGAGGGGAGUGCGGUGAGCGGGUGCAGUGCGGGGGAAGAGGCGCAGCGCGCAGGAGGAGCGCGUGGAGGUAGGGUGGCGGAGGUGGCGGAGGGGAGCGUGGACGUGCUGGUGGGGCUGGUGCCGCUGGAGGGCGGACAGGUGGACAUUGAGGGGGUGAGGGAGGACGUGCAGCGCGCAGGGCGACAGGCGGAUGGGGAGGACGAGGAAGAGGCGGAGGGCGUGGUGGGCGUGGUGUGCGAGGGGCUGAGCAAGCUGCUGCUAGCAGACGCGAGCAGGGCCGGAGGGAAGGGCGCGGAGAGGGGGGCGGAGGGCAGGGUGGAGCGAGUGUUGCAGGUGCUGGUGCAGGUGUACCUGUGCCCGGGCGCCGCUGAAGACGAGCUGCCCAGGUGCGUGGCGCUGUGUGUGUGGGUAUCUCUGGAAACGAUUGUCCCACAACGACUCCUCUGGCUUGUCUUUCCCUCUGAGUCUGCUCUAUGGUGUGUCUACUCCGUAGAUGCUUUUCCUCAUCAUCUCCCCUACCACCCCCCCUCCUCGCUCGUGCCUCACAGGACGCGUCAAAUGCUAGCAGAGCUGUUCAACCGAGUGGCCGUGCUGCCAGCCUGCAAGGUGGCAGCGUCACGUCUGCUGCUGCCAGUGUUGCGGCAGUUGUGGCCGCGCAAGACGGCAGCAGCAGCGCGGCAGCCUGCAGUGCGUGCCUCGCAGCUGCUUCUCUCCCUCAUGCUCGCUCAUGGCGCCCACGGAUUCGUGCCGCCUAAGCAGAGUGGAGAGGGCGAGGGGGAGAGGGAAAGAGAGAGAGCGGAGGAGGGAGAGGAGGAGGCCGAGGGAAGAGCAGCAGGUGGUGGUGAUGGUGAGGGCGAGAAUAGUGGAGUGGGUGAGAGCAGCCGCGUGGAACAGCCAGCGCUGGGCUUCGAGUCUCUGGCUCUUGAUCUUGCUGCUGAGAUCCUAUCCUCCCCACUGGCCACGUCAGGCAGUGCGAGCGGGAGGGCGUACAGUGCGCACCUGGUGCACCUGCUGGUGGAGGUGCCGCUCAGAGCCUCCCAGCAGGACGACGUCAAAUGCCUGCGCUCGCUGCUCCCCAUGGUGGCGGAGGCAGUGCAGGGGCAGCGUGCGGCGCAGCGGCUGGUGGAGCAGCUGGCAGCGCGGCUGAGGGCGCUGGACGCCACUCCGGACGAGGAGCUGCCCUUGGAGCGCCUGGAGCAGCUGCUGCAGCGCGGUGAGGGGGGAGGGGGAGGAAGGGGGAAGAUGAGCAGCGUGUGGGGGGGAGAUUGGGGAGGCAUGGGUGGGGAAUUAAGGCAUGGGGGAUGCGGAGAUAAGGGGGAUUUCUGUUGGAUGGUGAUGCAGCCAGUGCGUCAGAGGCAGGGCAGAGUGGUGCAUCUGCCAUGGAGGGAUGCUCUCCGCCAGGCAGGAGGCGACGAGGCAAGCCACCAGUGCAAGGCAGUGGCCAACAGCCGCCUCAAGCAGCAGCUGGGAGGUCACAGCAGCGCCGGCAGACCCGCGGUCGGCGAGGCAGCGGUUGGGGAGAGUGAGGGAGUGGAUGCAGGGGAGGGGGUGGAGCAAGUGGGUAGGGAGGGACAGAGCACGGCAGCAGAUGUGCCGCCUGAGGCUCACAGCAGUGGGAGUGAGGAGGAGAGCGAGAGCAGUGAGAGUGAGGAGUAUGGGAGUGGAAGUGAGAGUGGAAGCGAGGAGGAGUACAGGGCGUCAGUGGGCAGACACCAGAGGGGCGCGCGGGCACAGGAGCAGACUAGUGGGCCACGGCGAGUGGCGUCCGUGAUAGCUGCUGUGAGGAGGCGCAGGAGCAGCUGCAGCAGCAGUGGUGGUGGUGGUGGUGGCAGGGACGCGCCCAUCUCCAUCUCCACCGACUCAGACUCUCAAGACGUGAUCGAGGUGGUGGAGGUGGUGCCGGGGGUGGCAGGCACACACAGCAAGCGCGUGCAGCCCAAGGAGGAGGCAGAGAGCAUAUCUGAGGAGGUGGAAGAGGUGUUGGAGAAUGAGAGCGUGUGCAUGGCGGCAGGGCUCCACGCUGACAGCCCCAGUGUGGGCCGCACAGCACCAAGGGAUGACGCCUCCCCUGCAGCACGGGGGGCGGAGGGCUCCCCUGCGGCGUCAGUGGGCAGUGACGCCACGUCCUUUGCAUCGGCGCUGAGUGACGACCUCCUCCUGCCCUCGCCCUCGCCCUUGCCUGCUGCCAUGCCCGCUCGGCGUGCCGGUGCCAGGCAGAGGCGCUUCGUGCUUGAUGAUGGCAGUGAGAGGGAGAGCGAGGGUGAGGGGGGAAGGCGGGCAAAAGUGGUGAUGUGCCAGUGGGAGCGGAGAGGCGGCAGCCUCUGGCACAUCGCACUGCCCAGUGAUGCGCUGCAGCAGGUGCAGUGA